CGAAAGGAAUUCCCAGGAGUGAAGCAUUUGCUGAAAGUAUUGCAGGAACAAUCGGGCUUCCACAAUUGUCCUGCUCUGGACAGGGAAACUGAGGCGGAGGCACGUGUAGCGACUUGCCCAAGAAAUCUGCUGGCAUUGUGGGACCGCUUCAGGGCUGCCGAACGCCAACUUGCUUCGUGUGUUCUGGGCAGGUCUGGGGCAGGUGGCAGCUUCCGUGACCUAACAUCAUGGAUGGAGACCGACUCUUUGCUGAAGAAAUCAAAACAGUCGAUGCCAGCCGGGGCGAUUUGGCUGUCAAAGGUUUUGACAAAACCUGCUCUGUUCCUUCUGGGGAAUCCGAAUGAGGGAGAUUACAGACACCUUCACUGGGAAGCCAAGGACAUUUCUGUAUAAUCAGUGGAUGAAAGGAUUUUCUCAGACUCUUCUUUUCCCCUUUUCCUUGAGGAUUAAUCCACUGCAAUCUACAAUUCCAGUGCAAACCUCAAGGCACACGAUGUGCCAGAAGCCUAGAGCGCUUUCCGAAUUGUUCUGGACCCUUCUUUAGCAUAGGGGAGUUUAACACCGGCCACCCGCCGCCCCUCCCCCCACUCCCUCCUGCUGAUCUCUUCUCUUUAACCUGUUUUCAUUUUCUAAGUUCUGUUUCCAAAAUUGUCCUCUGGAGCUAUAAGUGGAUUGCCAGACAUGAGAGAUUAAGUACUGGGAGAAGAGGAAGCGCCCUGGGUUGUGUCUCCUCUUGGCUGCCGACAUGAAGUGCUUUUUCCCAGUGCUGAGCUGUCUGGCUGUGCUGGGUGUAGUGUCCGCACAGCGGCAGGUGGCGGUCCAGGAAGGACCCUUGUACCGCACGGAGGGCUCCCACAUCACCAUCUGGUGCAACGUGAGUGGCUACCAGGAACCUUCUGAGCAGAAUUUCCAGUGGUCCAUUUACCUGCCCUCCGCCCCAGAGCGUGAGGUCCAGAUCGUCAGCACCAUGGACUCUUCCUUCCCUUACGCCAUCUAUACCCAGCGUGUCCGCAGUGGGAAGAUCUACGUGGAGAGAGUCCAGGGGAACUCGGCCUUAUUGCACAUCACCGAUCUCCAGGCCCGGGACACGGGGGAGUAUGAAUGCCAUACGCCCAAUACCGAGAAGCAAUACUUUGGGAGUUACAGUGCCAAGAUGAACCUAGUGGUGAUCCCAGAUUCUCUGCAGACCACCGCUGUACCCCAGACGCUGCACAAAGUGGAACAGGACCCUCUGGAGCUGACGUGUGAGGUGGCCACGGAGACAUUCCAGCACAGCCACCUGUCUGUGACCUGGCUCCGGCAGCGAGGCGGCGAGAAGCCGGUGGAGGUUAUCUCCCUGAGCCGCGAUUUCGUGCUUCACUCCAGCAGCGAAUACGGCCAGAGGCAGAGCCUGGGGGAGGUGCGGCUGGACAAGCUGGGGAGCACCACCUUCCGCCUCACUGUCUUCCACCUGCAGCCUUCCGACCAGGGCGAGUUCUACUGCGAGGCCGCUGAGUGGAUCCAGGACCCAGACGGCUCGUGGUAUGCCAUAACCCGAAAGCGUUCUGAGGGCACCGUGGUCAACGUCCAGCCCACUGACAAAGAGUUCACCGUCCGGCUGGAAACGGAGAAGCGGCUGUACACGGUCGGUGAGCCGGUGGAGUUCAGAUGCAUCCUGGAGGCUCAGAACAUUCCUGACCGUUACUUUGCUGUCUCCUGGGCCUUCAACAGCUCACUCAUUGCCAGUAUGGGGCCUAAUGCUGUGCCAGUCCUCAACAGUGAAUUCACCCAUCGGGAAGCCAGAGGUCAGCUUAAAGUGGCCAAAGAGAGCGACAGUGUCUUUGUGCUGAAGAUCUACCACCUCCGCCAGGAGGACGGCGGGAAAUACAACUGUCGUGUGACAGAGAGAGAGAAGACAGUCACUGGGGAAUUCAUCGACAAGGAGAGCAAGCGUCCCAAGAACAUCCCCAUCAUAGUCCUCCCCAUCACAGAUAACUGGGUAGUUAAAGUCCCUCAGCACCACCAGAUGCUGCCCCAAGGCCACUUGGAGAGCAGCAUCUCCGUGGAGGUGGCCAGCAAUGCCAGCGUCAUCCUUGAGGGUGAGAACCUGCACUUCUCCUGCAGCGUCCGCACGGCUGGCAGGCCACAGGGCCGCUUCUCCGUCAUCUGGCAGCUCGUGGACAGGCAGAACCGCCGCAGUAACAUCAUGUGGCUAGACCGGGAUGGCACUGUGCAGCCAGGGGCAUCCUACUGGGAGCGCAGCAGCUUUGGGGGCGUCCAAAUGGAGCAGGUGCAGCCCAACUCGUUCAGCCUGGGCAUCUUCAACAGCAGGAGGGAGGACGAGGGCCAGUAUGAGUGCCACGUGACCGAAUGGGUGCGGGCAGUGGAUGGCGAGUGGCAGAUCGUCGGGGAGCGCCGGGCCAGCACCCCUGUCUCCAUCACGGCUCUCGAAACAGGCUUCGCGGUCACAGCCAUCUCCCGCACGCCGGGGGUGACCUACAGUGACUCCUUUGACUUGCAGUGCAUCAUCAAACCCCAUUACCCAGCACGGGUCCCUGUGUCAGUGACAUGGCGGUUCCAGCCAGUGGGCACUGUCGAGUUCCAUGACCUGGUGACCUUCACCCGGGAUGGAGGAGUCCAGUGGGGGGAUAGGUCCUCCAGCUUCCGAACUCGAACUGCCAUCGAGAAGGCUGAGUCCAGCAACAACGUCCGCCUGAGCAUCAGCCGAGCCAGUGACACGGAGGCGGGCAAGUACCAGUGUGUGGCCGAGCUGUGGAGGAGGAACUACAACAACACCUGGACGCGGCUGGCCGAAAGGACCUCCAACCUGCUGGAGAUCAGGGUGUUGCAGCCAGUGACAAAGCUGCAGGUGAGCAAAUCAAAGAGGACCCUCACCCUGGUGGAAGACAGGCCCAUCCAGCUGAACUGCUCGGUCAAGUCUCAGACCAGCCAGAACUCCCACUUCGCUGUGCUCUGGUAUGUCCACAAGCCCUCGGAUGCCGACGGCAAGCUCAUCCUCAAGACCACCCACAACUCGGCCUUCGAGUACGGCACCUAUGCGGAGGAGGAGGGCCUGAGAGCCAGGCUCCAGUUUGAGAGGCACGUGUCUGGGGGCCUGUUCAGCCUCACUGUCCAGAGAGCUGAAGUCAGCGACAGCGGCAGCUACUACUGCCAUGUGGAGGAGUGGCUGCUGAGCCCCAACUACGCCUGGUACAAGCUGGCAGAGGAGGUUUCAGGGCGCACGGAAGUCACUGUGAAGCAGCCAGAUAGCCGCCUGAAGCUCAGCCAAGCACAGGGGAACCUGUCGGUUCUGGAGACGCAGCAGGUGCAGCUGGAGUGUGUGGUCGUGAACCGCACCCGCGUGGCCUCCCAGCUCGUGGUGGAGUGGUUUGUGUGGAAGCCCAACCACCCGGAGCGGGAGACCGUGGCCCGCCUGAGCCGCGAGGCCACCUUCCACUAUGGAGAGCAGGCAGCGAAAAACAACCUGGAGGGGAGGCUGCACUUGGAGAGUCCUUCCUCGGGCGUGUACCGGCUCUUCAUCCAGAACGUGGCAGUGCAGGACAGCGGCACCUACAGCUGCCGCGUGGAGGAGUGGCUGCCCAGCCCCAGUGGUGUGUGGUAUAAGCGGGCAGAGGAUACUGCUGGGCAGACGGCUGUUACGGUCAUGCGACCAGAUGCCGCCCUGCAGGUGGAUACGGUGGUCCCCAACGCCACGGUGUCCGAGAAGGCAGCUUUCCAGCUGGACUGUAGCAUUGUGUCUCGCUCAAGCCAGGACUCCCGCUUUGCCGUGGCCUGGUAUUCCCUGAGGACUAAAGCUGGAGGGAAAAGGGGCAGCCCUGGCCUGGAAGAACAAGAGGAGGAGGGGGAGGAGGGAGCGGAGGCGGAGGAGGGGGAGGAGGAGAACCCAAUGGAGCGGAUGGCCCUGCUGAGCGUGGGCCCAGAUGCUGUCUUUGGCCCAGAGGGCAGCCCCUGGGAGGGCAGGCUUCGCUUCCAGAGGCUCUCCCCAUUGCUCUACCGGCUCACGGUGCUGCAGGCAAGCCCCCGAGACACGGGCAACUACUCCUGCCGCGUGGAGGAGUGGCUGCCCAGCCCGCAGAAGGAAUGGUACCGGCUCACGGAGGAGGAGUCCGCUCCCAUCGGCAUCCGUGUUCUGGACACAAGUUCCACCCUGCAGUCCGUCAUCUGCUCCAACGACGCUCUCUUCUACUUCAUCUUCUUCUACCCUUUCCCCAUCUUUGGCAUCCUUAUCAUCACCAUCCUGCUGGUGCGCUUCAAGAGCCGGAACUCCAGCAAGAACUCUGAUGGGAAGAAUGGGGUGCCGCUGUUGUGGAUCAAAGAACCACACCUCAACUACUCCCCCACUUGCCUGGAGCCCCCUGUGCUCAGUAUCCACCCAGGAGCCAUAGACUAAGGGGGUCCUAAGAAGACAUCGGCCACGGAGGAGCAGAGGAGCUCCCUUGCUGCCUCUUGCUCUGCAGUCAGACGGCGGAUAGCACCCAAACUCGGGAGUGCUCGCGCAGAGAAUUGUCAGACUUGAGAAGUGUUUCAAGUCCCCGUCAGUCACAGAGACAGACUGCCUUUAGGCGGCAGUCCUGGUGGUUAGCUAUUUUUGAGCAGAUGCCGUCAUCCUGCGGAAUUAGGUUUGUUUUUAUUUUUGGUAGCGUACUGAGUAGCUCCAGGUGCCACAUCUACUCACUGACUUAGAUAGUAUUCUCAGAUCGAUGUUACAGGGGCUCUUCUUCUUUGUAAUGGACUCUUUUUAAAUCCCUUUGGCUUCCCCUUUUUUCUGUAAUGUUGUGGACGAACUUCUCUUACAUACAACUGAUGGCAAAAGGAAGGACAAACUUUAUAGCGCAAAGGAAUCUCUUCCAAGACUUUUCGUUUUUGCACACUUGAAAAUGCCGCCUGUGGAUCAAAAUAUACCCAAACAUUUUUUACUUUCUUAACAAGACUUGAAAAUUAUGUGUAAUGUGGGCCCAAUUUGUAUCUUAUCUUUUCCCUCAGCUGGAGUUCUUGGAACCACUUUGGAACCGAAAUGAAAGCAUUGAAUUUUGCUUCAAAGAACUGUCUGUACAAGAGAAAUCCUGCAUAACCCCAUUAGGAGUAGAUGGUGCCCGGCCAGACUAUGUGUUAGGGAGGCAAAAAAAGGCUUCAUCCCAACCUUGCCAAAAAACAAGAAAACUUUCUUGGAGAACAAGUCAGAAGCUCCAAACAGCACACACUUUCCAAGUGAAAGGAGGCAGAGGCUGCUUUUAGCAGCUCCCAACUUUCGGAUCCAUCAAAGCCAGUGAUUAGUGAAGGAAGGAGAGAGAAGGCUGGUUGUUGGCUUGAUGUGUUCUGCACGGACAGUCUCUGAUAACUGCGAGCAGGUGGCUUCUAUUUUAAGGUGCUUUGCCAAACUCUAAAGUGGAAGUGGCCACUGAACCUGGAAGGGGGACAUCUCCGAGCUGAACACACGGGGCCCAAGCAGCCACUGUGUGCACUGAUGGAGGGCACUGGGGCUGACAGCUGUUCCUUGAAGAGUGGGCCAGCCAGGGGUGGGAGGGGGGUUUCCCGGGCCUGACGUCGGAGAGUGGGGAGGAAUAAUUGCCUCUCUGGAGGUAUGACGACUAGGUUUUUCUUCCUUCCACUUAGAUUUUCCUCAAAGAUAAUUCUGUCUUCCUUGUUCACCAUUUCUCUCUCCCUGCAUCUCACUGCCAUGAGAAUAUCAGCCCAGAGGAGGUCCAGAUGCAGCCCUUUGUAAUCCUUUCGGCUUACCUAGUCUCAGCAGAAAGUGAUCACCUGCUGUUGUGUGUGGGUUUUUUGCCCUUUGUUAGAUCUUGUUUGUGGUUUUUAGUGAUUCAGUUCAUUGUGAUGGCAGCUUUUCAUUUGAAUACCCUUAAAGCCCAACAAGGGCUGAUAUCAUCCUGUUAUUUUACACUGUUGGGCGAGAUGCUUGGCUCCCUUGGAGCAUCAUCAGUUGCCAGUAUUUCCUUUUGCUCACUCCCUGAAGAUGUUUCUAUGCCCUGGAUUUCCCAUAUUUUGCUGGCCAAGGGUGGCAGCUCCCUUCCUCUGUGAACUUGCCUCUUGAAUCCCAAAUGAUUUCUCAAUUUGGAAAAAGCCACUAGGCCUUCUGGAACUAAGUGUGACUAGAGAGAUGGCCGCAAAACUCUGUUCUGAGACUGAACAGACUCCGGAGCAGGCUCUGGGGUUCCCCAGGCCGUGUGGGCGCUGAUCUUGUCGGGGUCUGCAGGCGUGCAGGUGGCCUCGGGGCUCAGUGGAUGCGUUGUGCACCACAGCUGAGGGGAGGCACGGCGAUUGCUCAGCCGCGUUUGCAUAGGCUUCCAGUACUCUUAGGAGACAGUGUGGGUGCCAGCCUCAGCCCCGCUGCUGCCUAACAUGCUCAUUUUCAUUUCUUAUGCUGCAGCCGUGCUUUAGGGGUACAGAAUCAGUCAGCUCAGUGGUGAGGAGAGAAAGCAGUCUUUUGCCCCAUUUCUUCAUUUCUGGGGUGUGGGCUUUCAGUGGGAAAUUGCUGACCCCUAAUUGAUAGAAUGAGUCACUGGGGGAAGAUGACUGAUUUUUCCUCUGAGUGGAAUGAUGCUGGAGGGCUGGCUGGGACUGGGAUGGGUAAUGAAGGUUCGAGUUUGAAUUAGUUCACAGCCGUAGAAAAGUAGGCAUUGCACAUAAUUAUGUGAAGCAGUUGUGGGAAACUUGAAAGAAGAAACCGAAGCCAGUAUUUUAAUAAUUGCUUUUUCUGUGUAUUUUCUAUUGGGCUGGGGGAUACCCUCCAAGGGGCAGCUUUUCCAGCUUUCAGUGAAAAUCCCCAGGACCUUGUUUCUUUGGCCAUUUCUAUGGAAAUGUGGUGUCAGAAGAAUGGUAAUGGUGCCCCCCAGUGGCUGCAAGACCUCACUGCACCUCGCCUCCUGGAGCUUUUGUCCUCUGAGACGGGAGCAGAAAACUGCUGACUGCUCUCUUGACUUAUCGACAUCUACCAUGUUGCAUUCAUGAAAAACUACACUGUGUGAGGCCCGUUCCAGGACUUGGAUAUGACCACACCCUCUUUCACCAGGGUGUUUCUGUAGCAAGUUUUCAUAUUCUUUACAAACAAUGGUUUCUCUGCGUUAAUUGUUGAAGAGAAAAAAAAGAAAUGGGGUAAGAAAACUACCCAUGCAUGAUGUAGAGAGCUGUUGAUUUGAUUUUGUUUGUUUUUUUUAAGGAAAACUAUUUGUAAGAUGUUGCACUAAAAUGUUUUAUAUACACUUCAGAGACCUGUAGUAAAUUAUGUUGAAAAUA